AUGACCGAAGUGGCGAGCUCAGUGGUGCACGAGGUGCUAGGCCGCAGAGCAGAGGAUGUGGAUCAACCAAUCAUUGAUUACGUCAUCAACGUCCUCGCCGACGAAGAUUUUGACUUCGGAGAAGACGGCGACGGCGCCUUCGAAGCAAUCGGCGAGCUUCUCGUCGCCGCCGAAUGCGUCUCAGACUUCUCCGAGUGCCGCCAGGUUUGUAGUAAACUAUCUGAGAAAUUUGGAAAGCAUGGGUUGGUUAAACCAAAGCCAACUGUUCGGAGUCUAGCAACGCCAUUGAGGAUGAAUGAAGGUAUGGAGGAGGAGGCUCCAAAGAAAAAGCCAGAGCCGGUUGAUGGUCCAUUGCUGUCUGAACGUGAUAAAAUGAAGAUCGAAAGGAGGAAGAGGAAGGAGGAGCGUCAAAGAGAGGCGCAAUACCAGAUGCAUUUAGCAGAGAUGGAAGCAGCUAGGGAAGGAAUGCCUGUUGUCUGUGUGAAUCAUGACACUGGUGGACCAGCAAUUAGGGAUAUUCAUAUGGAGAACUUCACUGUUUCUGUUGGUGGUCGUGAUCUGAUUGUUGAUGGUUCAGUUACACUAUCAUUUGGAAGGCAUUACGGUCUUGUUGGAAGAAAUGGUACAGGGAAGACAACUUUCCUUAGGUACAUGGCUAUGCAUGCUAUUGAUGGAAUUCCUCCAAACUGCCAGAUUUUACAUGUUGAGCAAGAAGUAGUUGGUGAUGAUACAACAGCCUUGCAAUGCGUUCUUAACUCUGAUAUUGAAAGAACCCAGCUUUUGAAAGAGGAAGCUGAUUUACUUGCACAGCAGAGAGAAUUGGAUCUUGAAGAAGAUGAAAAUGGAAAGAGAAAAAGAGAUCUAAAUGGGGUGCCUGACAAAGAUGCCAUCUCCCAAAGACUCGAGGAGAUUUAUAAAAGGCUUGAGGCCAUUGAUGCGGAUUCAGCAGAGUCUCGUGCAGCCUCUAUUCUUGCAGGUCUCAGUUUCUCUCCAGAAAUGCAGCAGAAGGCAACAAAAACAUUUUCUGGAGGAUGGAGAAUGCGAAUUGCUCUAGCCCGUGCGCUGUUUAUAGAGCCUGAUAUGUUGCUGCUUGAUGAACCUACUAACCAUCUUGAUCUUCAUGCUGUCCUAUGGCUGGAAUCAUACCUGGUGAAAUGGCCAAAAACAUUUAUAGUUGUGUCUCAUGCUAGAGAAUUCUUGAACACGGUGGUUACUGACAUUAUUCAUCUACAAGGACAAAAAUUAUCGGCCUACAAAGGAGAUUACGAUACCUUUGAGAAGACUAGGCAGGAACAAGUUAAGAACCAACAGAAAGCCAUUGAGGCAAAUGAACGAGCAAGAUCCCAUAUGCAGGCCUUUAUUGAUAAAUUUAGGUAUAAUGCAAAGAGAGCAUCCCUUGUUCAGUCCAGAAUCAAGGCAUUGGAGCGGAUGGAGCAUGUAGAUGAAAUUGUUAAUGACCCUGAUUAUAAGUUUGAGUUUCCAACUCCAGAUGAUAGACCUGGGCCUCCUAUCAUAAGUUUCAGUGAUGCAUCAUUUGGCUAUCCUAGGGGGCCAACAUUGUUUAAGAAUCUCAAUUUUGGUAUAGAUCUAGACAGCCGCAUAGCAAUGGUUGGUCCAAAUGGGAUUGGAAAGUCAACAAUACUUAAACUUAUUGCUGGGGAACUACAACCAAGCUCUGGGACAGUUUUUCGUUCAGCUAAGGUUCGCAUUGCUGUGUUUAGUCAGCACCAUGUUGAUGGACUAGACCUUUCUUCAAAUCCCCUAUUAUAUAUGAUGCGCUGUUAUCCAGGAGUGCCUGAACAAAAGCUUCGCGCCCACUUGGGUUCUUUUGGUGUCACAGGAAAUCUUGCACUGCAGCCGAUGUAUACUUUGUCUGGUGGUCAAAAAAGCAGAGUUGCUUUUGCAAAGAUAACUUUCAAGAAACCACAUAUAAUUUUGCUUGAUGAGCCAUCCAAUCAUCUUGAUUUGGAUGCUGUGGAGGCACUAAUUCAAGGCCUUGUUUUGUUCCAAGGAGGGAUUCUAAUGGUUAGUCACGAUGAACAUCUAAUAUCUGGAAGUGUAGAUGAACUAUGGGUGGUGUCUGAGGGCAAGGUGAGCCCUUUCCAUGGAACUUUCCAGGACUACAAGAAGAUACUCCAGUCCUCUUCCUAAAACUAUUCUUCUGUUGGAGCAUACCCUUUGAUAUGGGGAUGGAUUUCUAGAAGGUACAACAAGACCACGAGGUACUUACCAGGACUAGAGGAAAUUCUUCUCUUCUUUUUUGGAAACUUUUUUUGGUUAAAGGUAUGAAGAGGGAUUUCUGGGUAUUGAAAUAUAAUUAUCCUUGUGUCUUUCUGCAAUCUUAUGGAUAAGAUUCUUUGUUUGCUUUAGCUAUGGGCUCCCGUCAGAAUUUUUGAAUUUUCAUCCUUGCACAAUAAGGUUUACAAACACAGAUCAACAUGCAUUCCCCCACUCCUUUCUGGCUGGUACCAACCAGUUUUUAUGGUGUGUCAGCACAUUCCGCUGGGAAAUAUAUAUAGAUGAUGCAAUGAGAGUUUAUUCUUA